AUGCAGUUCCUUGCGGUGCACUGCACGGUCACCAGGCUGGGUCUCGAGGCAAAAACAUCCUACAGCCAAGCAGCUCAUACGACUGUGUUCACUGUUACCACGGUAUUCGAGCCUGGCGCGGUUAUUACUGUUGGCGCCCUCUCUGUCAUCGAGCCUAAGCGUUCGAACAUUGGGCCCAUUGUGGGAGGUGUCGUAGGAGGCGUCGUCGGACUGGUACUUAUCUUUCUUUUCUAUUGGUACUUCUUGCGACAGCGCAGCUACAAAUACAACUUUGCUGCAAUCUUCGAUCCUGGUCGACUCUCUGGAAGACAUCACGCUGAGAGUGGCCACCUUCCCAACACGAACGUGGAUGACGACGAGGAGGAGGAUGACGGUAUGGGUGGCCGGCUCGCGAAUACAGUUAUCGGUGGUGGAAUUGUCACCCCAUUCGUUUACAAUCCCUCAUCAGCCGAGAUGAGCAGCGUCAAUCGAGCCCCGAUUGUUGCGGCAACUGGUCAACAAGCGAAUACUCUCACCUCCCAUACGAGCGCAACGUCUCUGUCAGGCUCACCUAUCGUGUCCAGGUUUUCUGAGGCUGACUCCUUUUCCUCGGGACCGGGAGGAGGAUACGUCGAUUACACCAAUCCAUUUGAAACCGGACCGUCAGCUGGGUCUUCUAGGAGCGAAUCAAAUACAACAAGUAGUGGCCUCGGAGGCGUUUAUCAUCCUCGCAGCGCAAAGGAAGCAGAGAUUUUGCGUAUGAGGGGCCCGCAUAUUAUCAAUCCCACGGAGGACGACCCAGGAUAUUCCCAAGCUGGGGACACUGGCUCGUCGUUUGCUCGAUCUACGGCGUUACCACCCGGAGCAUUGCGUCCUGGCCCAAGAUAUGGAUCAGCUGUGGUCGUGCACCAUGCAGGGCAGGGAUCGGAGAUGAGGGGGAACAUCCAUGGAGUGCCAGAGGAGGAGGAGCCUGGCCCAGAGAUUCCACCUACGUAUUCUAGUUUGAUCAGAGGAGAGAGGAGAUAAAAGGGAAGUCGGCCUAAUCUCUCGUCUUCUUUCUUCAACGGGACUUUUUCUUCCUCUUCGCCUCUGGAUAUAUGAUGCGCGUAUGUUAAGACAACACUCUUUUAUGGACCCGACUGCGUUGUAUCUGUGGAACAAUUAACGUACUAUUUGGAGUGUUU